UGAUAAAACAUUUCGCCUUCAGAUGUGAUGUAAGUCUCAGACCGGAGCGUCUCUUAUGGGAUUUAUUAAUGAGGCUAUAGCCCUGCCCUAUAAGUAACACAUAUGCUGCAUCCAACCAAACCAUCUCUCUGCUGCUCCACAUCCAGAUCAGCGUGGAAAACAGCAACAGCCCUGAAACAGCGUGGAUGUCUGACUCUUCUCUGUAAGCUGGGGGUUCUAGGAGCUUGUUUUUCUGGUGCUUCACACUGAUGGUGCCUCGGAUCAGCUUUGGGACUCCGAUCUCACACUGGAUCCUGAAUGUGUGUGGCAUGGAGAGAAGUGUUGUGUAAAGCAGUCUCAGCAAGAGGAUGGUUUCGGUUCAUCAUUUCUUCAGGUCAUUCCGGGACAGCUGACGGUCACAGGAGAAGAAUAUAAGCACAUGCCAGAUCUGCCGUGUUCACCCUGAACAUCACAGCACAGCUCUGAUUUAUUGUCUGCCUGGUGUUUACACUCAGAAACCCCCUCCUCCCUCCAGCUGGCUCCUCCACUGGAAUACAGCCAAUCUCAAAAUUGGCAUUCAAAAUGAAUUUCGACCAACUUCUCUCCGCCAUCGGAGGCUUUGGGAAAUACCAGAAAAUUCUCUACAUAUGGAUUUGUUUACCCCAGGUCCUCCUCGCCUUCCACAUGAUGGUGAGCAUCUUCACCGGAGCCACGCCGCCCCACCACUGCCGAGAGAGCCCGGACACAAUAGCCGAGACACGGUCUUUGUUUCCCGGGACGUUCAGCUUGAACUUCAGCCUCUCCUCGGAUUCCUCCUGCUUCUCUUCCGAGGUCCCGCUGCAGGAAAACCGGACCGAGCGCGUCCCGUGUGGCCACGGCUGGGUGUACAGCAACGACACUUUCCAGAGCACAACAGUCACAGAGUGGGACCUGGUGUGUGACCGGGCUGGGCUGAACAGUCUUGGUUCAUCUGUGUAUAUGUCUGGUCUGCUGGUGGGAUCUGUUGUUUUUGGAGCCAUGGCUGACAGGUACGGCCGCCGUUUCGUCCUGCUGCUGUCCAUCGCUCUGCAGACUGUGUUUGGAGUCGCUGUGGCCUUUGCACCCAACUUCCCAGUCUAUGUGAUUCUUCGCUUUAUAGUUGGCACCACCAUCUCUGGGGUCAUCAUCAAUGCAUUUGUGCUGGGCACAGAGUGGACGUGCACCAAGAGGCGCAUGCUAGCAGGCAUCAUCACAGACUACGCGUUUGGCCUCGGCUACAUGACGCUCGCAGGCAUAGCAUACUUGAUACGUGACUGGAGAAUGCUGCAACUGGCCAUAUCAGUCCCUGGCUUCCUGCUCAUCUUUUAUAUAUGGGUGCUUCCUCAGUCGGCCAGAUGGUUGUUGGCCAACAACAGAAAGGAGGAGGCUAUCGCACUUCUCCGCAAAGCAGCGCUUGUGAAUGGACGUGUCUUACCUCCUGUUGUUCAGGUUGAGAAGAUAUCAGGUGGAGCCAAGCAAAACCAUUCUGCUGUGGAUCUGGUCCGAACUCCUCAGAUGAGGAAGAGGGCUGUCAUCCUGUUUUACAUCUGGUUUGUGAAUGUGCUGGUGUAUUACGGCCUCUCUCUGGGCGUCUCCAGGCUAGGCACAGACCUCUACCUUACCCAGUUUGUCUUUGGGUUGGUUGAGAUCCCGGCUCGCUCUCUUGUCCUGCUUGUCCUGCCCUGCAGUCGCCGACUCUCUCAAAGUGGAUUCCUGGCUGUCGGAGGUGUUGCAUGUCUGCUCAUGCUCACUGUCCCUGCAGAUCACCCAAAUGUCCUGACUGGUCUUGCCAUGGUGGGGAAGUUUGGUAUCACGGCUUCCUUUGCUAUAAUCUAUGUGUACACUGCUGAGAUAUUCCCCACUGUGCUUCGGCAAACAGGAAUAGGUGUAUCAAGUAUGUUUGCAAGGAUGGGUGGCGUGUUAGCACCUGUUAUCAACAUGCUUCAUAACAACAGCCCCGCUACACCGCUGAUCAUCUUUGGUACCUCCCCGCUGCUGGGUGCUGUCCUGGCUCUGGCACUUCCUGAAACUGCAGGCAGACCUCUUCCUGACACGGUGGAGGAUGUAGAGAACUGGGACAUGAGCUCGCCUUCCAUGAAGAAGAACCCUGAGAUGCUGGAGGAUAUUAGCCAAUCAGCUUGCAGAAUAGAGGAGCAGGAGCUACGACAUCUAGCGGGGCAGACCUAACUGCGCGAGAAGAUGCACAUCUUCUGUUUUUCACAUGGCACAUAUCGACUCUCGUACUGUGUGGCUCAAACAUCCUGUAUGCAAUAACCUGAUCAAGAGCUCUAUGCAACACAGCCAAACACAGAUCACUCACCAGCCCAGUCUACUGGUACGCAUGGGCACAGGUCUCUAUUUAUGAUCCUAUCUAUAAUCAACAGCCCAUUGUUGUGCCAGGUUAGGGUUAGAUGUUACCAUUCUUAUCCCAGUUUUGAGGAAUGUUUUGUUGAAGUUUAUUCACGUGUAAAGGGACCAGGCAUUCCAUAAAAACAGAUUGCAUAUUUGUAAACUAAUUUUUAAUAUACAAGCAUACGUUCUAGCUUAAACUGCAAAACCAGGGCUGAAAUGUAAAACCACACUGGACAAAAAGGCUAAAGGCCAGGUCAGACCACACAAAUUCAGCUGUGACGGGUAUUGCUGCAACCUAUCAUCAGAUAUCAAACAUGAACGUGGGGAACAACAAACACUCUUGUUGUUGACAGAAUCAACGAUGCGUCCAAGAUGCACCAUGAUCACCACAUCAUCACGUCACCACAGUGACAUAUAUCUAGAUCUUAUGUUGAAAUACUGAGAGGCUAGCAUAGCUAGGCUAACUUAAUUGACAUUACCACAUUUAUACCUCCAUAGUCUUUUGGAGAGAUAGCCUGUCCAUAUUGUCCUCUUCUUGACAAACAGCAAUGAGUCCACAAUAGUUCCUUCUUUGUUUUUUCUUCUUUUGAGAGCAUCAGGACUGCUAGCAUCACACGGAGCGCUUCUGUUGUAGCCAUGAUUGAAACUCCUUGACCUGCCUCACGCAUGCCGUAUGGAUUUGCACACCUUCACCCAGGCGGUCGUGACAGCGGCGUGGUCAGGAGUAUUCCAGUCUGUCGGCCAAUACGGGACAAGCUUUGUAUUGCAUAGUCUGACACAGUGCCAUUGAAAGAGUUAAAACAUGCAGUCUGAUGCAGCCUGUAAGCCAGGGGUGUCAAACUCUGACUUUGGGUCUAACCUGAGGGCCUAACAGGUCAAUAUUUAAAGGAAUACUUCAACAUUUCAGCAAA